AUGGCGUUCUUCUUUGCCAAUGCGUCGUCGCUGGUCAUCCUGAACUGCUCGGGGUGCGCCCCCCCUUCACUGAACCCCACGAGGGCUGUGUGCCUGGGGCUGGUGUUGGGCUCCUUUAUCCUCUUCGCUCUCCUGGGGAACAUCUUGGUCAUCCUCUCGGUGGCCUCCCAUCGGCACCUGCACACGGCCACUCACUACUUCAUCGUGAACCUGGCCAUCGCUGACCUCUUGCUCAGCUCCACCGUCCUCCCCUUCUCCGCCCUCUUGGAGAUCUUGGGGCGCUGGGUGUUCGGAAGGCUCUUCUGCAACAUCUGGGCGGCCAUGGAUGUCCUGUGCUCCACAGCGUCCAUCAUGAGCCUGUGCGUCAUCUCCAUCGAUCGCUACAUCGGAGUCAGCUACCCUCUCAGGCACCCCGCCAUCAUGACCGAGAAGCGAGGGGUCCUGACCUUGGUGGCCGUGUGGCUACUUGCCCUGGUGAUAUCCGUGGGGCCGCUGUUCGGGUGGAAGGAGCCGGAACCGGAAGACGAGAGCGUCUGCAAGAUCACCGAGGUUCCCGGCUACGUCCUGUUCUCCGCCUUUGGCUCCUUUUACGUCCCCCUGGCCAUCAUCCUGCUCAUGUACUGCCAGGUCUACGUAGUGGCCAAGAGAGAGACGAGGAGCCUGAUGGCCGGGGAGAAGAGAGAGGGCUCGGACACCAACAAGGUGACCUUACGCAUCCACCGGAAGAACGUGGGAGGUGACGUCUCGCCCAGAUCCGGCGAGCACCACUCCAGGGGCAAAGGACAUCACCUGAAGACACAUUUCUCCGUGCAGCUGCUCAAAUUCACCAGGCAGAAGAAAGCAGCGAAGACCUUGGGAAUCGUGGUGGGAGGCUUCAUCCUCUGCUGGCUCCCCUUCUUUGUGGUCCUUCCACUGGGCUCCUGCUUCCCGGCGUACCGGCCGCCGGAGACGGUUUUCAAGGUCACCUUUUGGCUGGGCUACUUUAACAGCUGCCUCAACCCCGUCAUCUACCGCUGCUUCAGCCAGGAGUUUAAGCGGGCCUUCCGGAACGUGCUGCGGGGGGAAUGUCACCGCAGGAAGCCCCCCGUGAAUCAGGGCUCGAGCCUGAGCUCCUCCAGCGCCCACAGCGGGGCCGAGAGGCCGAAGGAGGUGGUCCGCACCCAAGUGGGAACCAACGAGGCUUUCCUCGGGAUCGCCCGACCCCAGGCCCCCAGCCAGUGGAGCCUGCUCCCCGCUCGCCCGGACCACCGGACUGCCCGCUCGCCCCGCCAGCCCCCCAGGGCUCUACUGGGCUCGUGCUGCGGGGGUGGUGGUGGUGGUGGUGGUGGGGUGGGGGGGGGCCGAGAGGGGAUGCCAGAGCCAAGCCCACCUCACGCGCCCCCCCAAACCCCGCUAGGCUCACACCACACAUGA